CAGGAGAUCUGCACCCAGAGCGUGUCUGAGCCUCAGCCGUCCACCUUCUCCUUCCUCUUCCACUCAUCACCAUGGCACCAAAGAAGGCAGCAAAGGAAGAGCCCAAACCCGCAGCCCCCAAACCUCCAGAGCCUGAGCCCCCCAAGGAGCCCGAGUUUAACCCCGCUGAAGUGCAGCUGGAGUUCACCGCCGAGCAGAUUGAGGAUUUCAAGGAUGCGUUCCAGCUGUUUGACAGAACGCCGACCAACGAGAUGAAGAUCACUUUCGCUCAGUGUGGAGAUGUCAUCAGAGCGCUGGGACAGAACCCCACCAACGCUGAGGUCAUGUUCGUCCUUGGAAAGCCAAAGGCUGAAGAGAUGAACGUGAAGAUGCUGGACUUCGACGAGUUCUUGCCCAGGUUCCAGUACAUCUGCAAGGCCAAGGGUCGCGGCACCUUUGAGGACUUCGUGGAGGGUCUGAGGGUCUUCGAUAAGGAGGGAAACGGCACAGUGAUGGGGGCUGAGCUCCGACACGUCCUCGCCACACUGGGUGAGAAGAUGAAGGAGGACGAGGUGGAGCAGCUGAUGGCCGGGCAGGAAGACGCUAAUGGCUGCAUCAACUACGAGGCAUUUGUGAAGCACAUCAUGGCUGGCUGAACAGAAUCAAGACUGCCAUCUGAUGACGCAAGGUGUUGUCACAGUUUCACCCUCUUCUUUCUCUUCCUCUUUCCUUUUUUCUCUUCUCUUAUUUAUGAAACCCUUCACUUGUCCUCCGCUGGGCUCUCUCUGUCCACCAACUAUGAUAUGACCACUCAGACGCUCUCGUUCUUCUUUUUUUCUAAAACCUGUACAGCCAAAAAUCCUGUAUGACUGUAUUGUAUGUCAUCACUGUUUCGUUUUGUGGAUAAAAAAAAAGAUUAAAAAAGGUUUAAUUAAACUUCAUGCUUGAUUACAA